CCUUGUUCCAGAUAAACUACACCUGUGGACACUGCAUUAGUACCUACUACGAAAAGUAGUAAAGUAAUUAACUAUUUCUAAUAGGAUACCUACGUACCUAAUAAAAAAUUGUAAAUAUUAACUGUGAUGUUUAAAGAUUUAAUAACAACAUUGUUCUAUUUUUUAGGUUGGGUUUCAUUUGCAACAAUUUCUACUCAAAGCAAAAUUAUUGGUUAUCCAUUUGUAACUUUAAAAUCCCUUAGUGAUGGUACUAAACAUAAUUCCACUGGUGUCCCGUAUCUUUAUAUGACUGAAAUGGACGUGUCUGGUAAAGAUGUUAAAACCAACAAUAAAAUAACAAUAAUGGCAACCCUAGCUGAAACUAGUUAUUGUGAAACUGAAAACUUUGAUCCACAAGAUCCCCGAUGUGCAAAAGUUCUUAUAAUAGGAAAAUUAAUCAAAAUCAAAGAGUCUUCCCCAGAGUAUGCUUUUGGUAAACACGCACUUUUCGACAAGCACCCAUCUAUGAAAAAUUGGCCUGUUGAUCAUCAAUUUUACGUAGCCAAAGUAGAUAUUGAACACAUUGAAGUACUAGAUUACUUUGGAGGAUUAAAAAAUGUCACCAUUGAGGAUUAUUUUAAUCCGAAAAUCACCAGCAUUAUCAACUUGGAUGUGAUAUUUAAUAAUGUAUCAAUUAUAGUAAUUGAUGAUUUUUAAAUAAGGAAGAAUUGAAUAUAUAGGUAGAAAUAUAGAUACAUUUCCAAUAUUCGAUUUUAUUUUUAUUGUAAUAGUUAUACAGAAUACCUUUUUUGUGAUACCUAAACAAGCAAAAUACUUUAUACUAGUAUCUUAAAACUUUUCUAUAAAAUUCUAAAGAAAAAAUACUGUAAAAUGAACAAUUCAUGGCAAUAUAUUAUAAAUUCAAAAAUC